AUGCGACUGCCGUCACGGCCACGAAACAAUCUAAGCACCAGCAGAAGCGACUCCACCCUGGUCGACAAAUCCAUCGUAACCGCGGACUCUGAGUACAAUGAGGACUCGAAGCCCAAGGAAAUCACAUUCAGCCUGAUCUGUAAGAAGAACAUUCCUAACGAGCGGGAAUACACAAAAGACGAGCUCGCCGACCAGGUCUACCGGCUUACCCACUUGCGCUUGGACCGGUCCAACUUGACGCAAGUCAGCAAUCUGGAACUCUUCAACCGACUCACUCAUUGCUAUCUCCAGCGUAACAACAUCCGAACCAUCGAAAACCUUGAAACGCUGAUAUGGCUCAGGUUCUUGAUUCUCUCGGAAAACCAACUGGUCAGCACCGCUGGUCUGAAUUGCCUCUCCCGCCUCGAAUACUUGGAUGUCUCUCAUAACCAAAUUGCUGAGAUAUCAGACGAUUUGCCCAAAUCGAUUCGAUAUCUGCAAGCAUCUGGCAAUCCUUGUGCCCUCCUUCCGUCAUACAAGAUCCAUGUGCUUGCGAUCCUGCCGAAGCUCUUGGAACUCGAUGAGCAACCAGUGUCCAAGGAGGAGAGGCGGUUGGCCAGCUUGACAUUGCAGCCCAGGAGCCCGGACGCUGCACGAGAGAGCGAAGCCGACUAUGAGGACGGCGACAGCGACGAGUCAGUCGAUGAGCUGUUUGCUCCCUCGAAUGACUCUAAACCCGACAUCUCCUCGGAAGAGCAUCAACAAAAGUACGACAAUAUGCUGAAUGGCAUCAUUGCCGAAUCCAGAAAGCGGCAGGAAAAGGGCACAGAGGACUACGACGCCAAAAUCGCCGCUCUCAAGCAGAGAAUCAAGGCUUGGGUCCUCGAGAAGCAGCACAAGCGGACCGGGCCAGCCGCCCACGAGACACUUGAGUGAUGAUGCCAAGCAAAGUACGCAGAUGGGCUGUGCUCCCAGCACAAUCGUCAUCGUCGUGCACAGAGUCAGGGCAGCGACGAGAGGCCGCCGCCGGAUGAAGUGAGGCGGCUCAGAGCUGAAUGCUUCCAAUCUCGGCCUGCGAUCGACUUUGCAGACUCUCUUCGGUUUUGUCUUCA